AUGGCAGAAACUGCACCACCCGUCGCCGCUGUCCCGCCAUCAGAGGGCGCAGCCAAAAAAAAGAGACAGCCGAAGAAAGCCGCAGGAGUAGGGAUGGACAUCGAAAGCAAACCAUCAUAUGAUGGCAAUGUUCUACCAUUGAAACUUUUGAUGCAAUGGUUACUAACCAUCACAUCAAAAGUAUUCGAUGGAGGAGCCAAGAAAAGCGGCAAGUCUUCAGGUCCCAGCGUCUCCGAGCUGAUCCUAAGGGCCGUGGCCGCCUCUAAGGAGCGCAGUGGAGUUUCUCUUGCCGCCAUGAAGAAGGCUCUGGCUGCCGGAGGCUACGAUGUGGAGAAGAACAACAGUCGCAUCAAAGUGGGGGUGAAAGGAUUGGUGACCAAAGGAACUCUCACCCAGGUGAAAGGCACCGGCGCUUCCGGCUCCUUCAAGCUCAAUAAGAAGCAGCUGGAGAGCAAGAAGGCCGCCCAGAAGUCCCUGAAACCCAAGAAACCAGCGGCAAAGAAAGCGGCCAAGUCCCCGAAGAAGCCCAAGAGAGCUCCGAGUGCAGCCAAGAGCCCGAAGAAGGCGAAGAAACCCACAAAAGCGGCUGCUGCCAAAAGCCCAAAGAAGCCUAAAGCCGUGAAGCCUAAGAAGGCGGCCAAGAGUCCGGCCAAGAAGGCGGCGAAGCCCAAAGCCGCCAAAAGCCCGGCCAAGAAGGUAGCUAAGCCCAAGAAAGCUGCGGCCAAGAAGUGAUGGAAGAGCCGCCGUAGCAGCCUCGCUUCCUUGUUAUCCCCCCAAAGGCUCUUUUCAGAGCCACCCACCCUGUCUCGGCAGAGCUGUAGGCGCACGGCGUGACCAGUUGGGGGCACCCUGUGUACAGAUAUUGAGUCACUACAUAACGUUACAGUUCAGCAGUGUCUCCGUGGGAUUUUUGGUUGCUUAUUAAUAGGUAAC